AUACCUUGACUUUUUAAAUGCUUGAAAUUGAUUUGACUGACACGUAUUUUGCUUUUUGUGCGUGACAUCUCACAGUACUAACUUAACUUUUGAAGGAAAUGGAUGAAUAUAGAUUUAGCUGAAUAAAUUGAUCAUUCAAAAGCACUACUUUGUUAUUAGUAAUGAACGAUAAUACAAUGUAUAACUACUAUGCUGUUUUAUACCGUCAGUGGAAUAUGAAAGGAGAAUUCUGUUUUGUGAAUUUUGUUCAUUUAAAACAUUAUACGAAAUGGUAUUCAAUGACAAAGGUUUUUAUUAUUUACGAUGAAAACGCGCUAUUGAUUUUGCUGUUAUUCUAAUGUACCGGUAAUGUCUACUCUAACGGUAAUGUAAAUGGCGAGUGUAUCAUUAUAAUGGCGCAUGUAGCUCACUUGCCUGAAGAACAAGUGUGACAUCACUUGACUGGCAGCGCCGGGUGAGGAGGAGUAGGGGGUCCGUGAGUUUACUUUGCCUUCGUGGGAGUGUUGUACUACAUUACGCAAAGUUCAGGAUUUCAACUCGGCUGCAGUUGACAACAUUCGAGGAUAUCCGUGCGGAUUCCCAACUUUUUUCCCACCCUUGGUUGCGGCGUACUUUUACUUUCCUUGUAUGAAGCGACUCUUUAGUGUGACUCGACUGGCCAGAAAAUAAUCCAUAUCUGGUCAAAGUAUUCAACUGUCACAAAGCGGGACCCGUUCGCUAUAAAUAGCCGGGAUAAGCAGUGGAGGAGGUACGUGCAUAUGAAAACUAGCGGACUAGUCCUUAACAAAUACAAAAACUCACGAAUAAUUAGCAUAUAAAGAACUUUUGCCAUAUCCCAUGUUUUAACCCAGACUCUAACUAAAGCUUCAAAUGAACCGGUGUUCCAUCGAAGUGUGGGGAGGGGGGGCAGAUUCGAAAGAAUGCACAUGAAUGACAGACAGCUGUCCGCCUGCAUAAAUUCUGCAUAAAUUCCCGACCUAUAUCUUGUUAACCUAAGGUUAACUGCUGUUUUUAUCAGCUGUCCCCCAUCAGGGUUUAAGAAGCAGGCCAGACUUUCCACUGCAGUUUGGCCCACAAACCUUCAACUCCUCACUGACCAGCAGGAGGCUAGUUUAGUUGUGAAGCCAAACAACAGACAGAGUACUGGGGUGUAUUUAUUACGCCGAUUCUGUUGAAAAACAUUUUUUUUAUACUCCUAAUGGAAAACUGUUUGCAACGUUUUGGACAAAUUCAGACUUCCUUUUGAAAACGUCGCUGGGCACUUAGUUGUCUUUUUUUGGGGGGGGGGGUCAUUGGGAUUCUAUUGCGCCGCCAUGUCCACCUCCUAUAAGAAGGAAGUAGUGAACUACAGGGAAGUGGAUGAGGAUGAACUACUGAAGAAACUCUCAGAGGAAGAGCUACAGAGGCUGGAGGAUGAGCUGGAGGAGUUAGAUCCGGACAAUGCCCUGUUGCCGGCCGGGAUGAGGCAGAAGGAUCAGACCAAGAAGGCGCCGACCGGAACCUUCCAGAGAGAGAACCUGGUAGCCCACCUGGAGAAGCAAGCCAAGGAACAUCCUGACAAGGAGGACCUGGUUCCGUUCACUGGAGAGAAGAGAGGUAAAGUCUUUAUACCUAAGGAUAUGGUGGACCCCAUCAUGGAGAAUGUAUCUCUGGAGCCAGAGCUGGAGGAGGCACUGGCCAACGCCAGCGACGCUGAGCUCUGCGACAUUGCCGCCAUUCUGGGAAUGCACACUCUGAUGAGUAACCAGCAGUACUACGAGGCUUUGGCCAGCAGCAAUAUAGUCAACAAACAAGGCCUUAACAGUGUUAUCCAGUGUACUCAGUAUAAGCCUGUGCCUGAUGAGCAGCCCAACUCUACUGACGUGGAGGAGACGCUGUUGAGGAUGCAGAGGGACGACCCUGACCUGCUGGAGGUCAACCUCAACAACAUCAAGAACAUUCCAGUGAAGACACUGAAGGCUUUUGCAGAAUCCCUGAUCGAGAACACUGUAGUGGAACGCUUCAGCCUGGUGGGAACCAGGAGUAAUAAUCCCGUAGCCUUUGCCCUGGCAGAGAUGCUGAAGGUGAACACCACACUGAAGAGUCUAAACAUAGAAUCCAACUUCAUCACAGGGACGGGUAUCCUGGCUCUCAUUGCCUCACUGCAGUCCAACACAACCCUGCAGGAACUCAAGAUCGACAACCAGAGCCAGCCGCUAGGUAACAAGGUGGAGAUGGAGAUAGCCAGCAUGCUGGAGAAGAACACCACGUUGUUGAAGUUUGGCUACCACUUUACCCAGCAGGGCCCCAGGCUGAGGGGCUCCAACGCCAUGAUGAACAACAAUGACCUGGCUCGGGUAAUCCGAUCUGAUCAUCACUCGGACAAUUCCUUUACCCUCACUCUGUCCGUGCCGGAACUGGAGAGGGCAUUUGGUAAAAAAGUUCAAGCCGAAACUCACCAAACCCAAGACCAAGAAAUAAGAAAGAGAAGGCUUGAAGGAGGUCCCAUCUUCCCCAAGUGUCGGACAAGUGUGUAGCGCCGUGCCAGGCGGCAGCACUGCCCGGGCCCAUAUUCAGCCAGACGCACUCCAACAGAUAUCCCAUCAACCCCUGCUUCCGAAACCCUAACCUCGACCCCUCCGAUGACAGAAAUCUUUCCAAGUCGAAUGUCAGGGGCUUUGGCAAGUCUUGUUCCUACUGUGGAAUGGAGUUGAUCUACUAUUGUAAAAAAAAAAGUUUUUCCCUUCACAGAUUUCUACUGAUAUAGGUUUAGAUAUCUUCAGUAAUAAUAAUAAUAUCUGGUAAUUGUGACAUAGAGGAAAUAUUUAUUUUGUUGUUAUUUUGUUUACUGGAGAUGAACUUGUUGUGGUUGAAGAUGAAAUGGUGUUACACCCAUAAUGUAUAUUGUACCACAUGCCAAGGGCAGCAGAUAGCCUAACGGUUAAGAGUGAAAGGUCGCCGGUUCAAAUCCCCGAGCCGACUAGGUGUGAAAAAAUCUGAUGGAUGUGCCCUUGAGCAGGGCAUUUAACCCUAAUUGCUCCUGUAAGUCGCUCUGGAUAAGAGCGUCUGCUAAAUGACUCAAAUGUAAAUAACUUAACUUGUUUAUGAUGUUAAUACCACAUUACGGAUUUCAGCAUUUCGCAACCACGUAACUUAAUGUUUUAAGACACUUUGUGCUGUCUGUAAGCAAAGGCACAUAACGGUACAUGGAAGUUUUGUUCAGAGGAAUUGUUAAAGAUUCAAAACAUUUGGGGUGUAAGUUGUUUGUUUGUCAAAGUUGACCCCAUAGAGACAACCACUAAAAGCUGGUCCUAGAUCAGUUUGUCCGCUAUGGUGUAAAUUCUGUAGUAUUACUGAUCUCUAGUCAGUUUAAGUCUUCUCGGUCAAACCUUACACAGAGAGAGGUUGCUACUAAGCGUUGGUUCUAGAUCAGUUUCGUGACGAAGUCGAUAUCUACUUAAGACUGACCAGGUGAAAGCUAUGAUCCUUUGUUGAUGUCACUUGUUAAAUCCACUUCAAAUCAGUGUAGAUGAAGGGGAGGAGACCGGUUAAAGAAGGAUUUUGAAGUCUUGAGACAUGGAUUGUGUAUGUGUCAUUCAGAGGGUGAAUGGGCAAGACAACAAAUUGAAAUGCCUUUGAACUGGCUAUGGUAGUAGGUGCCAGGUGCACCGGGUUGAGUGUGUCAAGAACUGCAACGCUGCUGUUAUUUUCACGCUCAACAGUCCCUUGUGUAUCAGGAAUGGUCCACCACCCAAAGGACUUCAAACCAACUUGACACAACUGUGGGAAGCAUUGGAGUCAACAUAGGCCAGCGUCCCUGUGGAACACUUUCGACACCUUGUAGAGUCCGUGCCCCGAUGAAUUGAGACUGUUCUGAGGGCGAAAGGAGGGGUCAAACUCAUAAGGUGUUCCUAAUGUUUUGUACACUCAGUGAAUACUUGUUUUGUUCACCUGUGUGUUGGUCACUGACGGACAAACUGAUAUAGGACCAGCUCUUAGUGGCCGUCUCUGAAGAUGAUUUGGAAUGAUGACAUGUCAUCAUGGCAAGUUAUGAUUGAUUAUGUUAAAUGAUUACUUUAGUUACACAGUAAAGGGAGUUGCAGCAUCCCCCCCCUCCCCUUUUUUCAGUUACGCUGGUCGAAAUGCUGUCAGUUGAAUGUGUCUUGCAACCCAAAAGUGUGCAAACUAUGAAUUCACUGUCAUCAUUCUGUAGCCUAUCAAAGCCCAAGAAAAAGCAUAAAGACAAAUGACUUGUCCUGCCUGUUGUAAGAUCCUAUGAGAUUUUUCCUUUAAUGAACACCCCUUCAGGUAUUGUUGCUAUGUGGCCAGGUAUCAGAGUUGUCAUGCACCAUUUGUUUUUGAGGGGAGCACUGAUGACUAAAUUCAAUAUCCUGUCAUUAAAUCUGUGUUAAAAUAAACAAUAUAUAUUGGAUGAAGGAUGGAUGAGGGGGAUACGUGCCCGCUCAGAUUCAAAGGGCAUAAUGCUACUGAUUAGGUAUAUUACUGUAUGGUCAAAAGGGACAACUAUAGUGUGUACAACAACCCAUCCCCGUAUGAACUACUGCUGAAUAUGACUGUUUUCCUUGCCCUAGCCUGGCUGUUGUUCUUUCUUGAGUAUGAGUAUGUUUUUGUUAAGAUAGUUCACACGAUUGUAUGUUGUUGUUCAUGGAUAAAUCAGGUUUGAAAGUA